AUGGCACUUAUAUGUGGUAGCAUCCAUAUUGAGAGUGUCUCACACUCCACCCUGGUGCUGGACAUGGCCAAGAUUCUUUUGGACAAUUAUUGUUUUCCAGAAAAUCUGGUGGGAAUGCAGGAAGCCAUUGAACAAGCCAUCAAGGGUGGGGAGACUUUGGAUAUCUCGGAUCCUAAAAUCUUGGCAACAGCUCUAACAGCUGGACUUCAAGGAACUUUGAAUGAUCCACGGCUGGUAGUAUCAUAUGAAACUUUGGAUCCUACAGUCCCUGAGCAAGAAGCGGAUGCUUCCCUACCAUUAGAAGCACUUUUAGAGAUUAUCCAGCACACAGUCAAAUCUGAAGUGCUGGGUGAUAAUGUAGGCUACUUAAGAAUAGACUACAUCAUCGGGGAGAAUAUGGUGCAGCAAAUUGGUGCUUUCCUGGUAGAAAAGAUGUGGAAACCCUUGAUGGAGACAUCAGCUCUGGUCUUAGACUUGCGUUAUACCACCGGAGGGAAGAUAUCGGGCCUUCCAUUCAUCAUCUCCUACUUGUACAAUGAGGACAAACUGCUGCAUGUGGACACUGUCUACAACCGGCCUUCUAAUAGCACUGUGGAAAUAUGGACCUUUCCAAAAGUGCUGGGCAUGAGAUACGGUAAGAACAAGGAAGUCGUUUUGCUGACCAGUAAACAUACCUCUGGGGUGGCUGAAGAUGUGGCUUAUAUCCUGCAGCAAAUGCACAGAGCUGCUCCUUUGGCUGUGCAUCAUUUAAUGUUCACAAUAUUAUUUUGCUAUUAUCUUGGUGAAAACCUUGUAGAUGACUGA